AGUAAAUCGUGAGUGUGUGUGUUUGUUCUUCUUCGCUGUUCUCGGACGCAUGACUGAGGAGAAUGAGCGCAACAGCUUUUAUUUCACAAACUUCUGCGGCAUUAGAAAUUAAAACAUUCCUGCGGGGAUUUUAGAGGCUUUAAAUCUCACACACGCUUUCCCAAGCAAAGAGACACACAUAUAAAGUCUGGCACUGUAAGCGGACAGCUGUGAGAAACUGUUGAGAAUGGCUUCAUACACGUUACCGGAGGGUUUCAGUGAUUUCGACAUGUUCGCCUUCGGAUCCGCGCUGCUGGUCGGCGGCCUUCUCGGCUUCUCCCUUAACUUGAUCUCAGCGCUGGCGUUCCUCCGAGUGCGAGAGAUGCAGACGCCCAAUAACUUCUUCAUCUUUAACCUGGCAGUGGCGGAUCUGAGCCUCAAUAUCAACGGGCUGGUGGCCGCGUACGCCAGUUAUCUGAGAUACUGGCCGUUCGGGUCCGAAGGCUGUCAGAUUCAUGGGUUUCAGGGAAUGGUGUCGAUUCUCGCCUCCAUCAGUUUUCUGGGUGCCAUUGCUUGGGACAGAUAUCACCUGUACUGCACCAAGCAGAAGAUGUUUUGGAGCACAUCUGGAACCAUGAGCGCCCUCAUCUGGAUCCUGGCUGUGUUCUGGGCCGCUCUGCCACUGCCUGCUAUUGGCUGGGGAGUGUUUGACUUUGAGCCAAUGAGAACCUGCUGCACACUGGACUACACACUCGGAGACAGGAAUUACAUCAGCUACAUGCUGACCAUCACUGUUCUGUAUUUAGCGUUCCCUGUUCUCAUCAUGCAAUCCUCCUACAAUGGCAUCUAUGCACAUUUCAAAAAGACACACCACUUUAAGUUUAACACAGGCUUACCGCUGAAGAUGCUGUUGUUCUGCUGGGGUCCGUAUGUUCUGAUGUGCACAUACGCCUGCUUCGAGAACGCCAGUCUCGUUUCACCGAAGCUCAGGAUGGUUCUCCCGGUGCUCGCAAAGACGUCUCCGAUCUUCCACGCCGUCAUGUACGCGUACGGUAACGAGUUCUACCGCGGGGGAAUCUGGCAGUUCCUCACGGGACAGAAACCUGUGGACAAGAAGAAAUAAGAGUGAAAGUCCGUUCGUCCGUCCAUGAAAUGUUGUAUUCAGAAGAAUCUACAAGCGUUCACACAUGAUGAUGUUUAUGUCGAAUCAGUGCCUAACACAUUUGGAGAUGUUUGUCCAGAAUUUCCCUGAAUUAUUAAUUGAAGAC